CUUGUAACUGAAAGAUCAUCAUAAUGGCUCCCGCUGAGAAUGCAAUGGAAGUCGUUGUGCCGGUUACUCCUAUGGAAGAAGAAUUCAACGUUACAGAUACUGACGAAGCCUCGGCCUACUUGCCAUAUGGUGUAACAAAUACGGUCUUCAUUUGUGUGUAUGGUGUCAACUUUAUUCUAAUUAUGACCAUCAACCCAGUGUGCUUGCUUGUCAUCCGACGAAUGGCCAACAUGCAACCAACAACGAAGAAUUUCAUGACAUCGCUUCUGGUCAGCAAAAUGGGCUACGGGAUAUUCGUGUUGAUCCCAUUCAUGAUAAGGACAAAUGUUGUAUUUGCAGAAGGCAGUUUUUGGUGGAUCCUUUUUUUCAUUUGUGAUGUCGUCUUCAACUGGCAAAGUUUCCUGUCAUUGCUACUUUUGACUGUCGAUCGGUACCUGGCCGUUGCCUGGUGUCUGCACUACCCUCGCUUGAUGACCAUCCGAAGAUCAAGGAUUAUUAUCUGUAUCAGCUGGGCAGCUGGUCUGAUAUUUGGACUUGCAUUUUUCUUCAGUACCGGUACCUCUUUGCAUGCUUACACAAUACAAAACUUCAUCUUGAUAACAAUCAUCUUCAUCGGAAUUGCCUUAAUUGUGACAUUGUACUUGCACAUUUUGGUGAUUGCUCGACGCCAGGCUCGGCGCAUUGCCCAGGACAACCAAGCUGUCGCGGGAAACAACGCACCGCAACGAGUCAGCACCAAGUCCUUCACCACAAUCUUCAUCAUCGUUACAGUCAUCUUACUUUGCUGGAUUCCCGUUUGUCUUUUCACUCUACUUCUUAGGGUCCAAGUAUAUGUAUCUCCAGUUGUUUACUUUAGUUUCGGUGUUCUUUAUAUUGCCACUAACUGGAUCGAUGCAGUCCUCUUUUGUGCAAGAAACAAAGAGUUUCAAAAGACUUUGCCCAAACUGGCUCUCGCCUGUUUUAAUGGUCUGAUGCAAAAGUGGAAUCGCACUUGAAAUCCCCAAUGAAUACUUGUACAAACAGCAUCAAGUUUCCUUGUGAAAUAGUCCUGUGCGUAAAAGUGAGCGCAUUUGUUAUCUCUCUUGAAUGCUCCAUCAGAUGUAGGGUUAACCUGUGUAUGAAAAAGUGCUAACAUUUAUCUAGACCACUCUCUGGACAGUGUUGAUAUUUUUGAACCAAUUUUUUUAGCCAAUGAACUUUUCUGAAUUCCUUACAUAAUGUUGUUAAUUGUGUUUACUUUGCAAUUAACUUUCUAGCCUCAAUUUCUGUCUGCUCUUAAUGCUAAAGGUUGAGGAAAUGAGCUUAAUUGAAGAGGCACCAUUUUAUGAGAAGAGCAUUUAAGAAGAUGUAAACUUUCUGAGUAAUGUUAAGUGUUUCUAAGUAGUUUGUUUUGUAAUUACCACGUACAUGUAAGCAUGAGUAGUAUUCAGCAGGUGUAAUGCUGAAGCUUUUAGCACUUGUUGAGCCACAGCCUCAUGAGCAUGACCACCAGCCUGCACGCGUUCAUGCCUGUACCAUCAACAACGCCAGCAGGGCACAACCUCGAGCGCAAGCCCUGGGUUAGGCUCAACCGACUACGGACAGGUUGCGGAAAAUCUAACUCAUUCCUCCACCUACCGUAGUUGGCACCAGAGCUGAAGACACAUGCCCCUGUGGGUCUCCACAGACGACUACUCACAUCCUACGAGAGUGUCCAAUCUUCGGCCCUCCCAACAUUUUAAGUCUACUAUCAAACUGGAAGUGUAGAACUGAUCGCGCACGCGCAGUGUUGGCAAAACAGCUACAUGCUCGAGGGAAACUCUUCCGCAUAAGAUGUGAGCAACGGAAUUGGACUUGUAGUUUAAAAUCGAUUUGUGUUAACCUUAAGUGUGCUAAUUGCAUGUUGUUAAUUAGAAUGCAAAAGGGUUUAGCGUGUUUAGACGUCACUCGGAGGCCAGCCGAGGCAAUCUUGAUGUUUUAACCCGUCAGCUGUGC